AUGAGUUUAGAAGUAGAUCAACAUUUAUAUGAUGUCAUUAUCAUGGGUGGUGGUGUCUCUGGAUUGAGAGCAGCCACACUAUUAGCAGCGCAAUCGAAAUCUGUAUUGGUGCUAGAGUCAAGAGAUAGGGUUGGUGGAAGAAUUAAUUCAGUGGAGUUCGAUGGUUAUCGAUGGGAUAUAGGUGGGCAAUGGGUCGGUCCUGCACAGAAGCGUUUACUGAGUUUAAUUCAAGAGUUGGGUCAAUCGACAUUUCCACAACAACAGCAAGGCAAGAAAGUCGUAGAGAUAAAUGGUGUGUUUGGAAACUACACCGGUACCAUUCCACCUUUGGGAAUGGUAGGUCUAAUCGAGUCACAGGUGGCGCUCUAUCGAUUGGAGAGAAUGGCACAGACUAUCGAUCCACAAUGUCCUUGGGAUCACAAGAAUGCAGAGGCUUGGGACAAUAUUUCCGCACAGGCAUGGGUCGACAAGAAUAUCUGGACAGAGUUGGCCAGGAAGAUGAUACACAUUGCCGUUACAUCGGUUUUUUCAACCGAUCCCAAGGAGAUCUCAUUCCUCUAUCUUCUUCAUGUAUUCCGUGCAUCGGGUGGUGUGAUGCGUACUCUUGAAGUUCCGAAUGGUGCUCAACAAGAUCGUAUCCUUGGCAGUGCACAUCAACUCUCGCUCACGAUGGCAGAGCGUCUCGGUGGUGACACUGUUGUCAGACUGAACCACAAGGUGUCGGAUAUCGACACAACCGAUCCAUCCAAAGUAACAGUGACAUGCAGUAAUGGCAAGCGUUUCUUUGCCAAACGAUUGGUGAGCUCAAUUCCACCAAUCUUGCUUACACGUAUCAACUUUGAGCCACAACUACCGAUGGCGCGUCAGCAUCUAAAUCAAAGAAUGUUCAUGGGUAUGGUUAUUAAAUUCAUUAUUUUCUAUGAUACAUGUUUCUGGAGAACACUUGGAUUCGCAGGUGAGAUUCUGAGCGACCGUCAUUCAGUAUCGAUUUGCUUUGACGCCUCGUUUGUAGAUGGAUCGAGACCUUCCAUUGUUGGAUUCUUUGAGGGUGGCCACGCAAGAGUCUGGUCCGACAAGACACAGGAGGAGCGUAAGGCAGAAGUAAUCGAUUUGCUAUUCAAGUCAUUCAAUGAUGAACGUGCCAAGCAUCCAAUCAACUACCUCGAGAAAGAUUGGAUGAAAGAGUCAGAAUCACUUGGUGGUUACGCCGCAAUUUGUCCACCUGGAUUAUUGACCUCAGUCGGUAAAACUAUUCGUGAACCAAUAGGACGUAUACAUUUUGCUGGUACUGAAACGGCAACUGACUGUGCUGGUUAUAUAGAAGGAGCGAUUCAAUCGGCUGAAAGAGUAACAGCUGAACUAUUACCAUUAUUAUAA